AUGGCGGGCGGCAUCGUGAAGGUGUACGGCUCGGCGGUGUCACCGUACGUGGCGACGGUGCUGGUGUGCCUGGAGGAGGCCGGCGCCGCGUACGAGCUCGUCCCCGUCGACAUGGCGGCGCGCGAGAACAAGGCGCCGCACCACCUCGCCCGUAACGUACCCGUUCGGCAAGAUCCCUGCCUUCCAGGACGGAGAACUCAUGCUAUUUGGCACGUGCUCCGAAAGUACAAGAGAAGCGGCGACCUGCUGAGGGAAGGCGACCCCGAGGCGGCCGCCAUGGUGGACGUAUGGCUGGAGGUGGAGGCGCACCAGUACGAGCCAGCCAUCGUGGAGAUCGUGCGGCACUGCGUGAUCCUGCCGAUGAUCGGCGCCGGCGGCGCGCGCGACCAGCGCGUGGUCGACGAGAGCGCCGGGAAGCUGCGGGCGGUGCUGGCGGCGUACGAGGCGCGGCUGCGCGAGCACGAGUACCUGGCCGGCGGGGACGCCGGCGUCAGCCUCGCCGACCUCGCGCACUUCGGGUUCACGCACUACCUCAUGGCCACCGAGUACGCCGCGCUGGUGGAGGAGCGCCCCGCCGUCAGCGCGUGGUGGCGGAGGAUCGCGGCUAGGCCGGCGGCCAGGAAGGUCGCCGCGCUCAUGUCGUGGCCACCACCGCCUAAUUGA